AUGGCUCCCGCUGUUGGUAUUGAUCUGGGCACCACCUACUCGUGUGUCGGCGUCUUCCGGGACGACCGCAUCGAGAUCAUCGCCAACGACCAGGGCAACCGCACCACCCCGUCCUUCGUUGCCUUCACCGACACCGAGCGUCUGAUCGGAGAUGCUGCCAAGAACCAGGUCGCCAUGAACCCCCACAACACCGUCUUCGACGCCAAGCGCCUCAUCGGCCGCAAGUUUGCCGACGCCGAGGUCCAGGCCGACAUGAAGCACUUCCCCUUCAAGGUUGUCGACAAGGGCGGCAAGCCCGUUGUCGAGGUCGAGUUCAAGGGCGAGAAGAAGAACUUCACCCCCGAGGAGAUCUCGUCGAUGGUUCUGACCAAGAUGCGAGAGACGGCUGAGUCGUACCUCGGCGGCACUGUCAACAAUGCCGUCGUCACCGUCCCUGCCUACUUCAACGACUCCCAGCGCCAGGCCACCAAGGACGCCGGUCUCAUCGCCGGCCUCAACGUUCUGCGCAUCAUCAACGAGCCUACCGCCGCUGCCAUUGCCUACGGCCUCGACAAGAAGGUCGAGGGUGAGCGCAACGUUCUCAUCUUCGAUCUCGGUGGCGGUACUUUUGAUGUCUCGCUCCUGACCAUCGAGGAGGGUAUCUUCGAGGUCAAGUCCACCGCCGGUGACACUCACCUGGGUGGUGAGGACUUCGACAACCGCCUCGUCAACCACUUCGUUAACGAGUUCAAACGCAAGCAUAAGAAGGACUUGAGCACCAAUGCCCGUGCUCUUCGCCGUCUUCGUACCGCUUGCGAGCGUGCCAAGCGUACCCUGUCUUCGUCUGCCCAGACGUCCAUCGAGAUCGACUCCCUGUUUGAGGGUAUCGACUUCUACACCUCGAUCACGCGUGCUCGUUUCGAGGAGCUCUGCCAGGAUCUCUUCCGAUCCACCCUUCAGCCCGUCGACCGGGUCCUGACUGACGCCAAGAUCGACAAGUCUCAGGUCCACGAGAUUGUCCUCGUCGGUGGCUCCACUCGCAUUCCCCGCGUUCAGAAGCUUAUCACCGACUACUUCAACGGCAAGGAGCCCAACAAGUCCAUCAACCCCGAUGAGGCUGUUGCCUACGGUGCUGCCGUCCAGGCCGCCAUUCUCAGCGGUGACACCAGCUCCAAGUCGACCAACGAGAUCCUCCUUCUCGACGUUGCGCCCCUGUCUCUGGGUAUCGAGACUGCUGGUGGCAUGAUGACCAAGCUCAUCCCCCGCAACACCACCAUUCCCACCAAGAAGUCCGAGGUCUUCUCUACCUUCUCUGACAACCAGCCUGGUGUCUUGAUUCAGGUCUACGAGGGUGAGCGCCAGCGCACCAAGGACAACAACCUGAUGGGCAAGUUCGAGCUCACCGGCAUUCCUCCUGCGCCCCGUGGUGUCCCGCAGAUCGAGGUUACCUUCGAUCUCGAUGCCAACGGAAUCAUGAACGUCUCGGCCCUUGAGAAGGGCACCGGCAAGACCAACCACAUCGUCAUCACCAACGACAAGGGUCGCCUGUCCAAGGAGGAGAUCGAGCGCAUGCUUGCUGACGCCGAGAAGUACAAGGAGGAGGACGAGGCCGAGGCUCAGCGUGUCUCUGCCAAGAACGGCCUCGAGUCGUACGCCUACUCUCUGCGCAACACCCUGAGCGACUCCAAGGUCGACGAGAAGCUCGAGGCUGGUGACAAGGAGAAGCUCCAGGGCGAGAUUGACAAGAUUGUCACCUGGCUCGACGAGAACCAGCAGGCCACUCGCGAGGAGUACGAGGAGCACCAGAAGGAGCUCGAGGCCGUCGCCAACCCCAUCAUGAUGAAGUUCUAUGGUGCUGCCGGCGGUGCUCCUGGCGGUAUGCCCGGUGGCAUGCCCGGUGGCGCCCCUGGUGGCUUCCCCGGCGGUGCUCCUGGCGGUGCCGGCCACGACGACGGCCCCACUGUGGAGGAGGUUGACUAA